AUGAUCCCUGUGACCCUGUCCCUUGCUACCCAAUGCGUCCCCGCGCCCGUUCCUUGCAACCCAAUGCAAUGCCUACCUGUUGUUCCCCCUCCAGGGAAGACGCUGCUGCGCAUCCGCAACGAGCUCAACUUCACCAACCCCGCCUGCAGCCCCAAGGCGCACUGGAAGAGCUUCAAGCGGCAAGAUGAUGGCAGGAAGACGCUGCUGCGCAUCCGCAACGAGCUCAACUUCACCAACCCCGCCUGCAGCCCCAAGGCGCACUGGAAGAGCUUCAAGCGGCAAGAUGAUGGCAGGAAGACGCUGCUGCGCAUCCGCAACGAGCUCAACUUCACCAACCCCGCCUGCAGCCCCAAGGCGCACUGGAAGAGCUUCAAGCGGCAAGAUGAUGGCAGGAAGACGCUGCUGCGCAUCCGCAACGAGCUCAACUUCACCAACCCCGCCUGCAGCCCCAAGGCGCACUGGAAGAGCUUCAAGCGGCAAGAUGAUGGCAGGAAGACGCUGCUGCGCAUCCGCAACGAGCUCAACUUCACCAACCCCGCCUGCAGCCCCAAGGCGCACUGGAAGAGCUUCAAGCGGCAAGAUGAUGGCAGGAAGACGCUGCUGCGCAUCCGCAACGAGCUCAACUUCACCAACCCCGCCUGCAGCCCCAAGGCGCACUGGAAGAGCUUCAAGCGGCAAGAUGAUGGCAGGAAGACGCUGCUGCGCAUCCGCAACGAGCUCAACUUCACCAACCCCGCCUGCAGCCCCAAGGCGCACUGGAAGAGCUUCAAGCGGCAAGAUGAUGGCAGGAAGACGCUGCUGCGCAUCCGCAACGAGCUCAACUUCACCAACCCCGCCUGCAGCCCCAAGGCGCACUGGAAGAGCUUCAAGCGGCAAGAUGAUGGCAGGAAGACGCUGCUGCGCAUCCGCAACGAGCUCAACUUCACCAACCCCGCCUGCAGCCCCAAGGCGCACUGGAAGAGCUUCAAGCGGCAAGAUGAUGGCAGGAAGACGCUGCUGCGCAUCCGCAACGAGCUCAACUUCACCAACCCCGCCUGCAGCCCCAAGGCGCACUGGAAGAGCUUCAAGCGGCAAGAUGAUGGCAGGAAGACGCUGCUGCGCAUCCGCAACGAGCUCAACUUCACCAACCCCGCCUGCAGCCCCAAGGCGCACUGGAAGAGCUUCAAGCGGCAAGAUGAUGGCAGGAAGACGCUGCUGCGCAUCCGCAACGAGCUCAACUUCACCAACCCCGCCUGCAGCCCCAAGGCGCACUGGAAGAGCUUCAAGCGGCAAGAUGAUGGCAGGAAGACGCUGCUGCGCAUCCGCAACGAGCUCAACUUCACCAACCCCGCCUGCAGCCCCAAGGCGCACUGGAAGAGCUUCAAGCGGCAAGAUGAUGGCAGGAAGACGCUGCUGCGCAUCCGCAACGAGCUCAACUUCACCAACCCCGCCUGCAGCCCCAAGGCGCACUGGAAGAGCUUCAAGCGGCAAGAUGAUGGCAGGAAGACGCUGCUGCGCAUCCGCAACGAGCUCAACUUCACCAACCCCGCCUGCAGCCCCAAGGCGCACUGGAAGAGCUUCAAGCGGCAAGAUGAUGGCAGGAAGACGCUGCUGCGCAUCCGCAACGAGCUCAACUUCACCAACCCCGCCUGCAGCCCCAAGGCGCACUGGAAGAGCUUCAAGCGGCAAGAUGAUGGCAGGAAGACGCUGCUGCGCAUCCGCAACGAGCUCAACUUCACCAACCCCGCCUGCAGCCCCAAGGCGCACUGGAAGAGCUUCAAGCGGCAAGAUGAUGGCAGGAAGACGCUGCUGCGCAUCCGCAACGAGCUCAACUUCACCAACCCCGCCUGCAGCCCCAAGGCGCACUGGAAGAGCUUCAAGCGGCAAGAUGAUGGCAGGAAGACGCUGCUGCGCAUCCGCAACGAGCUCAACUUCACCAACCCCGCCUGCAGCCCCAAGGCGCACUGGAAGAGCUUCAAGCGGCAAGAUGAUGGCAGGAAGACGCUGCUGCGCAUCCGCAACGAGCUCAACUUCACCAACCCCGCCUGCAGCCCCAAGGCGCACUGGAAGAGUUUCAAGCGGCAAGAUGAUGGCAGGAAGACGCUGCUGCGCAUCCGCAACGAGCUCAACUUCACCAACCCCGCCUGCAGCCCCAAGGCGCACUGGAAGAGCUUCAAGCGGCAAGAUGAUGGCAGGAAGACGCUGCUGCGCAUCCGCAACGAGCUCAACUUCACCAACCCCGCCUGCAGCCCCAAGGCGCACUGGAAGAGCUUCAAGCGGCAAGAUGAUGGCAGGAAGACGCUGCUGCGCAUCCGCAACGAGCUCAACUUCACCAACCCCGCCUGCAGCCCCAAGGCGCACUGGAAGAGCUUCAAGCGGCAAGAUGAUGGCAGGAAGACGCUGCUGCGCAUCCGCAACGAGCUCAACUUCACCAACCCCGCCUGCAGCCCCAAGGCGCACUGGAAGAGCUUCAAGCGGCAAGAUGAUGGCAGGAAGACGCUGCUGCGCAUCCGCAACGAGCUCAACUUCACCAACCCCGCCUGCAGCCCCAAGGCGCACUGGAAGAGCUUCAAGCGGCAAGAUGAUGGCAGGAAGACGCUGCUGCGCAUCCGCAACGAGCUCAACUUCACCAACCCCGCCUGCAGCCCCAAGGCGCACUGGAAGAGCUUCAAGCGGCAAGAUGAUGGCAGGAAGACGCUGCUGCGCAUCCGCAACGAGCUCAACUUCACCAACCCCGCCUGCAGCCCCAAGGCGCACUGGAAGAGCUUCAAGCGGCAAGAUGAUGGCAGGAAGACGCUGCUGCGCAUCCGCAACGAGCUCAACUUCACCAACCCCGCCUGCAGCCCCAAGGCGCACUGGAAGAGCUUCAAGCGGCAAGAUGAUGGCAGGAAGACGCUGCUGCGCAUCCGCAACGAGCUCAACUUCACCAACCCCGCCUGCAGCCCCAAGGCGCACUGGAAGAGCUUCAAGCGGCAAGAUGAUGGCAGGAAGACGCUGCUGCGCAUCCGCAACGAGCUCAACUUCACCAACCCCGCCUGCAGCCCCAAGGCGCACUGGAAGAGUUUCAAGCGGCAAGAUGAUGGCAGGAAGACGCUGCUGCGCAUCCGCAACGAGCUCAACUUCACCAACCCCGCCUGCAGCCCCAAGGCGCACUGGAAGAGCUUCAAGCGGCAAGAUGAUGGCAGGAAGACGCUGCUGCGCAUCCGCAACGAGCUCAACUUCACCAACCCCGCCUGCAGCCCCAAGGCGCACUGGAAGAGCUUCAAGCGGCAAGAUGAUGGCAGGAAGACGCUGCUGCGCAUCCGCAACGAGCUCAACUUCACCAACCCCGCCUGCAGCCCCAAGGCGCACUGGAAGAGCUUCAAGCGGCAAGAUGAUGGCAGGAAGACGCUGCUGCGCAUCCGCAACGAGCUCAACUUCACCAACCCCGCCUGCAGCCCCAAGGCGCACUGGAAGAGCUUCAAGCGGCAAGAUGAUGGCAGGAAGACGCUGCUGCGCAUCCGCAACGAGCUCAACUUCACCAACCCCGCCUGCAGCCCCAAGGCGCACUGGAAGAGCUUCAAGCGGCAAGAUGAUGGCAGGAAGACGCUGCUGCGCAUCCGCAACGAGCUCAACUUCACCAACCCCGCCUGCAGCCCCAAGGCGCACUGGAAGAGCUUCAAGCGGCAAGAUGAUGGCAGGAAGACGCUGCUGCGCAUCCGCAACGAGCUCAACUUCACCAACCCCGCCUGCAGCCCCAAGGCGCACUGGAAGAGCUUCAAGCGGCAAGAUGAUGGCAGGAAGACGCUGCUGCGCAUCCGCAACGAGCUCAACUUCACCAACCCCGCCUGCAGCCCCAAGGCGCACUGGAAGAGCUUCAAGCGGCAAGAUGAUGGCAGGAAGACGCUGCUGCGCAUCCGCAACGAGCUCAACUUCACCAACCCCGCCUGCAGCCCCAAGGCGCACUGGAAGAGCUUCAAGCGGCAAGAUGAUGGCAGGAAGACGCUGCUGCGCAUCCGCAACGAGCUCAACUUCACCAACCCCGCCUGCAGCCCCAAGGCGCACUGGAAGAGCUUCAAGCGGCAAGAUGAUGGCAGGAAGACGCUGCUGCGCAUCCGCAACGAGCUCAACUUCACCAACCCCGCCUGCAGCCCCAAGGCGCACUGGAAGAGCUUCAAGCGGCAAGAUGAUGGCAGGAAGACGCUGCUGCGCAUCCGCAACGAGCUCAACUUCACCAACCCCGCCUGCAGCCCCAAGGCGCACUGGAAGAGCUUCAAGCGGCAAGAUGAUGGCAGGAAGACGCUGCUGCGCAUCCGCAACGAGCUCAACUUCACCAACCCCGCCUGCAGCCCCAAGGCGCACUGGAAGAGCUUCAAGCGGCAAGAUGAUGGCAGGAAGACGCUGCUGCGCAUCCGCAACGAGCUCAACUUCACCAACCCCGCCUGCAGCCCCAAGGCGCACUGGAAGAGCUUCAAGCGGCAAGAUGAUGGCAGGAAGACGCUGCUGCGCAUCCGCAACGAGCUCAACUUCACCAACCCCGCCUGCAGCCCCAAGGCGCACUGGAAGAGCUUCAAGCGGCAAGAUGAUGGCAGGAAGACGCUGCUGCGCAUCCGCAACGAGCUCAACUUCACCAACCCCGCCUGCAGCCCCAAGGCGCACUGGAAGAGCUUCAAGCGGCAAGAUGAUGGCAGGAAGACGCUGCUGCGCAUCCGCAACGAGCUCAACUUCACCAACCCCGCCUGCAGCCCCAAGGCGCACUGGAAGAGCUUCAAGCGGCAAGAUGAUGGCAGGAAGACGCUGCUGCGCAUCCGCAACGAGCUCAACUUCACCAACCCCGCCUGCAGCCCCAAGGCGCACUGGAAGAGCUUCAAGCGGCAAGAUGAUGGCAGGAAGACGCUGCUGCGCAUCCGCAACGAGCUCAACUUCACCAACCCCGCCUGCAGCCCCAAGGCGCACUGGAAGAGCUUCAAGCGGCAAGAUGAUGGCAGGAAGACGCUGCUGCGCAUCCGCAACGAGCUCAACUUCACCAACCCCGCCUGCAGCCCCAAGGCGCACUGGAAGAGCUUCAAGCGGCAAGAUGAUGGCAGGAAGACGCUGCUGCGCAUCCGCAACGAGCUCAACUUCACCAACCCCGCCUGCAGCCCCAAGGCGCACUGGAAGAGCUUCAAGCGGCAAGAUGAUGGCAGGAAGACGCUGCUGCGCAUCCGCAACGAGCUCAACUUCACCAACCCCGCCUGCAGCCCCAAGGCGCACUGGAAGAGCUUCAAGCGGCAAGAUGAUGGCAGGAAGACGCUGCUGCGCAUCCGCAACGAGCUCAACUUCACCAACCCCGCCUGCAGCCCCAAGGCGCACUGGAAGAGCUUCAAGCGGCAAGAUGAUGGCAGGAAGACGCUGCUGCGCAUCCGCAACGAGCUCAACUUCACCAACCCCGCCUGCAGCCCCAAGGCGCACUGGAAGAGCUUCAAGCGGCAAGAUGAUGGCAGGAAGACGCUGCUGCGCAUCCGCAACGAGCUCAACUUCACCAACCCCGCCUGCAGCCCCAAGGCGCACUGGAAGAGCUUCAAGCGGCAAGAUGAUGGCAGGAAGACGCUGCUGCGCAUCCGCAACGAGCUCAACUUCACCAACCCCGCCUGCAGCCCCAAGGCGCACUGGAAGAGCUUCAAGCGGCAAGAUGAUGGCAGGAAGACGCUGCUGCGCAUCCGCAACGAGCUCAACUUCACCAACCCCGCCUGCAGCCCCAAGGCGCACUGGAAGAGCUUCAAGCGGCAAGAUGAUGGCAGGAAGACGCUGCUGCGCAUCCGCAACGAGCUCAACUUCACCAACCCCGCCUGCAGCCCCAAGGCGCACUGGAAGAGCUUCAAGCGGCAAGAUGAUGGCAGGAAGACGCUGCUGCGCAUCCGCAACGAGCUCAACUUCACCAACCCCGCCUGCAGCCCCAAGGCGCACUGGAAGAGCUUCAAGCGGCAAGAUGAUGGCAGGAAGACGCUGCUGCGCAUCCGCAACGAGCUCAACUUCACCAACCCCGCCUGCAGCCCCAAGGCGCACUGGAAGAGCUUCAAGCGGCAAGAUGAUGGCAGGAAGACGCUGCUGCGCAUCCGCAAUGAGCUCAACUUCACCAACCCCGCUCGCAGCCCCAAGUCGUACUGGAAGAGCGCCAAGAGCUGCGAUGAGCUCUUUGGGGUUAUCUGCGAUGACCUUGGAUACGUUGUUGCUCUCACUCUCUAUGGGGUCAACGGCUCUCUCCCCAACUCUAUUGGCGAACUGCCUUCCCUAGCCUUCCUGUCUGCAGGCAACAACGUCACUUCCCUCCCAUCCACCCUCUCCCUACUCAACGCUACACUCACCUCCCUCCAUCUGAGCAACAACCAGAUAUCCGGGACAUUCCCAAAAGGGAUUACGUCGUUAACAGCACUGCAGCAGCUGAACAUGGCGCAAAACAGGCUCACCGGCAGCUUACCUGUCGCCAUCUCCCGCCUCUCCUCUCUCACCUUUAUCCGAAUGGAUGGCAAUCGCCUGGAAGGGCCAAUCCCAUCGCAGAUAUCGACCAUGUCUGCCCUCUCCUACCUCUCUUUGCGAGGCAACCAGCUCACAGGGUCCAUCCCAGCCUCCAUCUCUCGCGUGCAAGCUCUGCAGCUAAUUGAUCUCCGUAACAACUCUCUCACCGGCUCAAUCCCAUCUGAGAUUGGAUCUCUCUCAAAACUCAUCUGGCUGUACCUGAGCAACAAUAAGAUCUCGGGCUCUCUGCCAUCCACCAUUGGCAAGCUCUCUCGUCUCCGAUACUUUUUCGCAAACGCCAACUCUCUCUCAGGGUCCAUCCCAGCCACCAUAUCCAGCCUCCUCUCGCUGAGCUACCUCUCUGCCAGCGGCAACCAGCUAUCAGGCUCCCUCCCUGCUAACAUCACUGCCUUAUCCAAACUCGGUUUCCUGCAGCUGGAUCAUAACGCUCUCUCAGGCUCCCUGCCAGAAAACAUGACGUCUCUCACCAACAUGGUGUUCCU